CUUUCCAAUUUCGACAUGUCUGUAAUGUUCACUGAGUUCGAUGAAGAAAUUGACAGUGAAAUAGCAAAAAUGUCACAUGGCAGCAGUGUGUUGUUUGCCAUGAAAGACCCCGACAGUCUAUCGACAGACAAUUUAUUCAGGCGAACUGUCCAGGAGAUGUUCUUACACUGCCCCACCCUACUCAAGUGUCUAACAUCAGCACUACACAAGUCGGGGAGCACAGAGACCAUGGUGGCCACCAUAGCUACGAUAUAUGGCAUGCUGAUGCACAGUAGAAACACCAAAGCGUCGGCCAUCCAGAGGCUGUAUUCAUCUCUUGCUAUCAGAUACCAUGCUGACAAAGAGCUGCUGUCCAACCUCAAUAAGGUUCAUUUGACGCUUUCGGCUGAAUCCAAAAGGAAUCUUGUGAAGGAAUUUGGAGACCAUAUGGAGGAUAAACUGAUUAGGGACCUCUCAGAGGGGAAGACGGGCAAACUGAAUGGGGAUAACUUGGACAUUCGAGUUCGAACAAGUGACAUCAGGAUGAAUAACAGGGACAAGGACUACCAUUUCUUCACAUCCUCCAUCAUCGACCGAGUUAAGGUCACCACAUACUCCGUGGCGCCCCCUGAAAUUGGCAUGGAUAUCGGCAAGGUUCUGACCUCUGCUGAAGAAAAGGGGACUUACAGGAAUGGCUUGAAGGUGGAACACCUUCCUGGCUUUUCAUGGAUGGCUAAUGUUUUCCCCAAACAUCUUGAACACCCAUUCAGCAAAGAAAUGGCACUGAGGUCCACAAUGCAUGUUCUACCAGUUUCCUUGAACAAUGAAGUAGCGUAUGAGGGAUGUGUCCGAAUAAUGGAUGAAUAUGUACAGAUGAUAAACAGAUGGUUUGCCAAAGCAGGAAGAGGAGACGAGUUGGAAGCUUUGCGAGUUCCAGUAGGUGGAGACCAACUGACCAGGGUUAGACUGCAAGGGGCCAAGGCUCUCCGAGCAGGGACACAUACAACCCAGCAACGACUUGAUCAGUUGUUUCCUGUCAUUGUCGAACUUUUUCACACACAACAGGAUUUCCUUGAGGUAUAGUGAACAUGAAAAAACAUUUUAGAAACAGGGACCAUCCUGGAGGACAAGAAUAGGAAGAAGUUUUAAUAAUUUCAAAGGGAAAGGCUGCUGAGUAAGAUAGAUUUUGUUUAUAUUUAUGUUAAAACACUUACACUGUUUAUCACAAGGAGAUCUUUGGAAAGACUAUAGACUAUAUUAUCCCUGUCUUGGAUGGUCCCUGCUAAGUUGCAUGACAUCAUUCUUUUAAUAAAGAGUAAAUACAUAAUCUUUUAUUUUCUCACUCUUUGCAUAGCGGAUUUACUCACCAUGACAUGAACAUUCA